AUGAGCCGACCAACUCAAAAGUCACGUCGGGAGAAGGUGAACCUGUGUUUUAUUACUUCAGAUCCAUCUUCAACCGAAGGGAAAACAAACAACCUCCACAUUGUCAGGUCUCAUGCUGGAAAAUGGCGAUGGUCAGAAGCUCGAAAGAAGAAAACAAACGUGAAUCGAGACGAGCCGGGUGUGCGAGAUGAAGUCGCUGUCGGGUUUUCAUACAGGGACAGACACUCGAGUUCUGAAGAGCGGGAGUAUUCGGAUAGCUCAUUCGCUAUCAAGACUUCCUCUUCAAAAUCCAGCACGCCCGAUGAUGAUUUAGAUCAUUUAUUCAGCGCACUAGAAGGGGAAGUCUCUGGAAAAGACUCAGAACAUCCUGAAGCUUUCCCACUCGACACACUUGAACAAAUGCAUUCUCUAUUCUCCGCUCAAAUACAGGAGUCGAAAUGGUCUGAUUAUUGCAAUUCUGGAACGAUGAAUAUACAUGGGAUUACACCCAACAUUCUGGAUCCCUUCCAACAAUACCCUCAAACCUCACCAUUACCCUCUCAACUGGUCAGUAAUGCCAAUAAAUACUCUUUAAGCAUGCUCUGGCCAGGACUUUUGCCCCCGUCACAUACCAGUACCAACCACCCGGGAGUCAAUGCAUGGCUCAUCAAUUCUGCCACACACGAUGCACUUCACAGUACUUUAUUAUUCGGGUCAUACUCUCAUAGACGGACGCUAUGGCUAGUGAAGCAAAGAGGACAUUUCAAUGACGAGGAUGCAAAGAGAUUGGCAGUGUGUGAAGCAGAUGCCAUUAUGAGAGUAAAUCAGGCAAUUCAGAACAUUUCAGGUGCGGCUACUGAUUGCAUCAUCCUUUGUGUUCUAUGCAUGGCAACAAACAAGGUGGAAGGGCCGAUGUGGAAUGACAGCAAGGAGCGGGUGUUUCCAGCCCCAUUGACAUCCCUUCAAUGGCUAGAUGUCUAUGGCCGUUUGUCUCCGCACCCAGUUCAUCAGGCCGGCCUGGUUCAAUUAACUGGAGGCUACCUCGAUUUAAAAGACGUCAUUGACCCCAAUCUUGAUCCUUUCGAAUCUACUCAUAUGCCACACGAGAUGCAAACAAUCUUCCAGUGCCAUCGUACAUAUGUGUCUGAAGUUGAGAUGUAUGAAGACGGUAUGCCAAUUGGAACCGAUAUGCUCUGUGACCAUCGAAACAUCAUACAAUGGCACAUCAUGUCUCUGCUUCCAUCAACUCAGCUUGGCUCCUCACACGCCAGCACCUAUCCUCUCUACGAAGCAUGUCGGCUAGCAUUGGUCAUUUUCGGGGUCGGUGUGGCUUUUCCUCUCCCUCCGCAAAGCGCUCCAUUGGCAACACUCAGUCGAAUGUUGAAAAUAGAGCUCCAGGCAUAUCACCAAGAAACCAAAGAUGCUCCACCGUCUGCCCGCAGCCUAUAUGUGUGGAUGCUGACGCUUGGAGGCAUUGCCGCGACGGGUUCUUCAGAAAGAGAGUGGUUUGUGGACAGACUUCAGCUUCACACAGCCUGCCAUGGCCUUUCAAUAUGGGAAGACUUUGAAACCGAGUUGAGGUCGGUUUUGUGGCUUGGUAGUGCCUGCACAUUGCCUGGGAAAUUAAUAUGGGAUGAAAUUAUGGGACUAUGA